GUUGUUAUAUCCAAGGUGAGCAGCACCAUCAACUCAUGAAAUCUAUCUGAUUCCUUUGGAGGAAUUGACAUAAUAAGUCAUCUUUAUGACGACGUGAUCAUAAUAAAAUCUCCACCAUGCUUCAACAAGUCAUCGUCUGCACCGUUCUAUGGGCGAUAUAUGUCUCAUAUCGGACGAUCUGGUCUGGACCUCGUUACCAGCAUCUGAGCACAUCCAAAAAAGUUGUCUUUAGCGUUGGUAUGGUCUGCGCUAUUCUUGGCCUCUGGGCUGCAUUUGCUGUCGUGAUUUAUACUGUCAAGCGAAAUGGAUUGAGUUGGUCGAGAGCUUCGAAGGGUAGGAAGAAGGUCCGGAUACCGAGGUAUUAACUCCGGAUUGGACAGGGAAGGGGUUAAUUUUUCUGGAGAUGCGUUCAAGGAUUGUUCCAAGUUGACAGAGAAAGAAGUUCCAUUCUAUCUUGUAUAUUUAUGUAAUCAUGAUCGUCAAUCUAUGUACUCUACCAAUUGCCAGCGCCUGAUCUAAUUGAGGUACUUCUCGAAGUAGUCGGCAAUUUGAGCGUAUCUAGUCAAGCCAGUUAGCUUCGUGCAUUCUCUCGAGUAUCAGAAUAACAUACCCUCGGAUAUACUCCGCAAGACUUUCCUCGCCAUCCAGGUUGGCGCGAGCUCCCAUCCAGCCGUGCCACAUC